AUGAAUGCCAUCAAUAGUGCAGAGUGGAGGAUCAGGAUGGCUGGUGGCUCGUUCGAAAAUUUGGCACCAGAAUCAAGCCUAGUCACAAGAAUGUAUCUUUCAUUCGAACGAUUCUUGAAAAAUUUGAUCUUGAUAGUCAGGAGAUUCUUGGAGAAAUCAUGGAACAUAGGAAAGAAUGAACCAAGGAAGGUGAUCCAUUGUCUUAAAGUUGGAAUAGCUCUAAGCGUUGUAUCGUUGUUUUAUUAUAUGAGACCUUUGUAUAAUGGUGUUGGAGGAACUGCAAUGUGGGCUGUUAUGACUGUUGUUGUGGUUUUUGAGUACACUGUGGGAGCAACACUAUACAAAUGCUUAAACAGAGCUACUGGUACUUUUUGUGCUGGAUUUCUUGCUAUAGGGAUCCAUUGGAUUGCUAAUCAAUCAGGCAAAAGAUUUGAGCCUAUAAUUAUGGGAGUUUCUAUUUUCAUAUUAGCCUCAGCAGCAACUUUCACAAGGUUCAUUCCUGCAGUGAAAGCGCGGUUUGAUUAUGGCACUAUGAUCUUCAUCCUGACUUUCACAUUGGUUUCAAUAUCUGGAUAUCGAGUUGCAAAUUUGUUGAACAUGGCUCACGAGAGAGUAUCAACGAUCAUCAUCGGUGCUUCCUUGUGUGUUAUUACAAGCAUUCUCAUAUUUCCCAUAUGGGCUGGUGAAGAGCUCCAUAAACUUGUCAUUAGUAACUUGGAAAAGCUAGCAGAGUCCUUAGAUUGUUGUGUAGCUGAAUUUUUUAGUGACAGUGAAGACACAACAACAAAUCCUAAGAAAAUGCUAGCUUUCAAGUGUGUGUUGAAUUCAAAGGCCUCUGAAGAGACAAUGGCUAACUUUGCUAGAUGGGAGCCUGCUCAUGGACUUUUCAACUUUCAACAUCCAUGGGGAAAAUACCUUAAGAUCAGCGCGUCAAUGCGCAGUUGUGCCUGUUGCAUUGAGGCACUAACUAGCUGCAUUAAUCAAAAAGAUCAGGCUUCUGAGUUGUUAAAGAAUCAGCUUACUAACACUUGCCAACAAGUAAGUUCAAGUACAAGUGAGAUACUGAAUGAGUUGGCUUUAAACAUGAAAACAAUGAGAAAAUCCUCCAGGAUGGAUAUGUUAAUACAAGAAAAGAAUAAUGCGAUUCAAGAACUAGAAACUCUUAUGGAACAACUUUCAGGAUUACUUAUUAUUCAGCCAAAUAAUGUAAAGGAUGAUCAAGAAAAGCCAGAUAUAAGAACAAGUAGUACUAAUGUUAUCCCUCUGGUUGAAAUCAUACCAACUGCAACAUUUGCUUCGUUAGUGAUUGAAAUUGCCACGAGGAUCGAAGUGGUUGUUGAUGUUGUUGAAGAAUUAUCAAAACUGGCAAAAUUCAAACUUGAGGAUGCUGAUAUGAUGAUCAAACAGAACAAAGCAGUCAUCAAGAAUAUCAUAAACUAG